AUGAACCACACUCGCACUCUGAUUUCCUCAGCACAGGCUCUACGCCGGAUCUUCAUCGCACCAAUUCGCAUUUCAAGAGUUGGUCUUCUUUCAUUCAACCCUCUCCACAAUGGCAUCCAGUCUCGCUUCUUCCAACAAUCCCGGCCCCGAGCGCUACGAGAAUACCGACCGCCUGUUGAAACCCCACCAAUAAACGGAGCUAUUCGUGGACCAUUUAUCCAAGUUGUGAACGACGAAGGCAACCUUGACCCUCCAACGAGACUAGAGGAUGUCCUUGAAUCAUUCGACCACGAGACAUUUUUCCUUCUCCAGGUGCAAGAAGGGACCCGUGACGAACCGCCAGUCUGCAAGAUCUUGAAUAAGAAAGAAUACCGAGCACAUGAGAAGGCCAAAGCAAAGUCAGCCCGCGCAACCAAAGUUAUAGUCAAGCAAAUGGAGCUGAACUGGGCCAUUGAUGCCCACGACCUGUCGCAUCGCCUGAAACAGCUUUCGACCUUUUUGGACAAAGGCCGGAGGGUCGAAAUUCUAUUGACCACUAAGAAGCGCAAGCGCAACCCUACGGUAGAUGAGAUCAAACAGGUCAUCCAGAGUGUGUUGGAUACGAUCAGAGAAGCAGGUGGUACUCAGACCAAGGCAAUGGAAGGAGAACCGGGGAAGCAACUCAAGAUUACUGCGCAGAAGGCCACCUGA